GCAAUAUGGGACUUGGAGUUUCUCUGUGCUUGUGACUGACUAAAAAUUCCUCUGACGUAAUUUUUCUUGAUGAAUAGAGCAACUCCAGAGAACCCCGACGAAGGCUGUCACAACGCUGCGGCGGUUUCGAAGGUGACAAUUUAAGUGUGGGCUUGUCUCAGAAGCAAAGGUUCCCAGCGACGUCGAACAAGUGCAUGCCAAAAUGGCGAACAAUAACUUUGAACAAAUCACCGAAUAUUUUGAUGCGUAUGUCGCGAAAGCAAAAGGCGUCGUGUCUUUGAAAUCCUUCAUCGAGGAAAAUUCAGACAUAAUUGACAAGUUUUCGCGUGGAGAGGAUGUUGAUGUAAGAAGGUUCUGGAACAGCAAGUUUACGGAGUUAGUUACGGAGAGGGGAAUCAAGAACUUCAGAAAGGACCAGCCGGACUGGGAUGCGGUGCGCUCACCUCUUAAGAAACCUCUGCCAAAAAGCCGCAAAAGGGCCUCAUCGUCUUCAUCAAUAUCAUCAGCUACAGCAUCAUCAUCAUCUUCUUCCCCGUCCUCUUUGCCACCACAGUGCGAGAGCAGCAACAGCAAUAGCGUGAAAUCAAGUACGGAGAGUACCACCAAAAGACGGAAGAAGAUUACGAUUGCGCUGACCGAACACGUCGAGCCUGUAGUACUGCAUGAAAGUACUGAUAAGUGGGUAGUCGGAGAGGUGCCAGUUACAGAAAAGCUUCUUGAGUACCGUGAUCUGAGCAUCGAGAAAGGCAAAGAAGGAAUGUUGGAUGCGUACCAGGAGGAAAUGUCAAUCAAUGGCAUCUUCUUGAUCGAUGGUCUAGAAAGCGUGUAUCCAAGCUCAUCGCUUGAAUAUGGUUUUGACGAGCAGACGUGGGAGCUGAUGGUGGAAGAGUGCAAUGGCCGAUAUCCUGUUGAAGAGCUAUCGGAUUCAGUUAUCAAAGCAUUAAGUCAAUUCGAAAAGGCUGCUCAUAAAAAUCUUAACUCCUGCAGCGCAAUCGCUGACAAAGUCGACUCAACCUUCAUCAAAGAAUCGCUUAUAAACAUCGUAUUCUCCAGAUGCCUCCAAGAUAAUCGAUGCAAAUGAGAGCACGUUUUCAAUUGUAGCGGUCUAU